UUCAGAUCACAUCUGAGAGAAAUCCGUGAUCGGUCUGUACUGAGACUAUUUGAGUCUGCGGAUGUGACAGGAGGACUUCCAAUGGCCGGAAUCGGGAUUGCCGGAGGUGCUGGCGUCCCGCAUUUUGAAGAUCCCAGCUACUUCUCCGAACCGGAAUUUGACUCCGAGUAUCAACAUCAGCACAUCCACAAGAGCAAGGGAAGUGCAAAAGGUGCUCCAUACUACAUCGGUUCAACAGCGAGUUUGCCAAGGGCGGGUCUCCUUCGCGCUUACUCUCCAGCAGUGGGUAAUCUGCCGCAGGACCGUAUGAAAACCCUGCCGACAGGUGCACCCCCGAAACCGCAACGCGCGUAUUCUAGUGGUACGGCCCGUUCCGGUGCGGAUGGUGCGGGGGCGCGUGCCGCCGCCCCAGACCGUUUUGCCCAAUUUGCCCAAAGGCCAAACAACUCCCUCUAUAACAUACCAGAUGGGUACAUGUCAUCGCCAGAGAGAGGCUCCCGGUAUGAGGAGGCCUACUACAGUCAAUAUGGCGCUCGAUCCGGAUCGAUUACUCCUGUCAUCGACGAAGAAGUCAGCGACACCGAAUUGAUCGACGAUCAAUAUUCGAUAUACGGCGUGAAAAUCGCGCCGGGAGGACCACGGCCCGCACCCAGAACACAAUUUUCCACGCCUGCAGCACCCCCAUACGAUGCCACGAGGAUUCGUGUGGAGCACAUGGAACGACAAUUGGCCAAUCUAACCGGUCUGGUGCAGAAGGCCCUUACGCACCAGACGCCGGCGACGCUUCAAGUGCCCUCGACAGGGCGCGACUCGUAUCGGGAUGAGUGCGAUGUGAACAUGAACGUGAACUCGUCGUCGAGUUCGAUGCAAACGCUGCCAGAUGACACCUACGUGCGUUCAGAGACAAAACCGCCCAAAUUGGGUAAAAGCGGCUGCCAAUACACCCAUCAUGGUGGAAGUAUUCGGCAUGUACCCAGCUUAAACUUCAUCUCUAUGAGCUUCUCAUUCAACGCAAUGUGGGCGUGCGGCGCUAAUUUUUCCGAUGUGUGUGUUUUAGAUAAAGUCGUUUCGUUCGAGAAGUCGGUGUCGUUCAGCGACGAGCCGCCGGAUAUGAAUUCACCCAAACAGCACAGUCCUCAACAUUCAGCGGAUACUAAACCUACCAAGCCUGCCAUUAAGUCUUCAACUCUUCCACGGACCUCCUCGCAGGAGCGAGAUCGAUUGAAACCUGCGCCGCCUCCGAAGCCAGCUUCUUUGUCGCCGGGUCAAUAUGAUGGGCGGCAUAUCUACAGAGAUUUACAAUUAACUCCGGAGAUGUACAAUCAACUACGAGGGCUGCAGAAAAAAGCGAAGGAUCUGCGUGCGGAAGUUAGGAAUUUAGGAUUAUCACGAGCGCAGGCGCAUUCGGUCGAAACCAUAAGAGAUACUUUAUUAAGAUUAAGAGCUAUGCUUAUGGUUGGAGAACAAGUCUGGCAAGCUGGAAUGGACCAAGAACGUGUGCAUCUGAGCCGUGAACAAAAUCAGUAG